CGCUUUUGUUCGUAUCUAUCUUUUCUCCACCGUCAAGCUCAUUCCUUUAUACGAAGAAACCACACUCUUCAUCGCCGAGGAAAACAUGACUUCACCGGGAAAAUCUCCGAGAUCAGACCGUAAAUCCCCGACGGUCGUCACCGUGCAGCCGUCUUCCCCCAGAUUCCCGAUCGGCACACCGACAGCUGGAGCUCAACGUAAGAUCGGGAUCGCCGUCGAUCUGAGCGACGAGAGUGCUUACGCAGUCCAGUGGGCUGUUCAGAACUAUCUCCGAUCAGGAGACGCCGUCGUUCUCCUCCACGUUCGGCCGACGAGCGUCCUCUACGGCGCCGAUUGGGGAGCCAUUGACCUGUCGCCGCAGUGGGACCCGGAGAACGAGGAGUCUCAGAAGAAGCUGGAGGACGAUUUCGACAUUUUCACUAACAAGAAGGCCAGCGACGUUGCUCAGCCUUUGGUCGAGGCGGAUAUACCGUUUAAGAUCCAUAUCGUCAAGGAUCACGACAUGAAGGAGAGACUGUGUUUGGAAGUGGAGAGGUUAGGGCUAAGCACUUUGAUAAUGGGAAGCAGAGGAUUUGGUGCUACAAAGAGGACUAGCAAAGGGAGGUUAGGGAGUGUCAGUGAUUACUCUGUCCACCAUUGUGCUUGUCCGGUGGUGGUUGUUAGAUUUCCAGAUGAAAAAGACGGAGAAGAUGAGAAAUCCGGCGAAAAUGGUGCCGAGAAUCUGGUAGACAGUGAUAAACUUCAUACCGUGCCUGAGGUUGCCGAGGAGGAGUAUCAUGAUGCUUCUGAUAAACAGUAGCGAGAAGGAGACUUCCCUAAGGAGAUGUGGAAGGAAAAGAAAGUGUUCCUAUGCCCUUGGUUUGUGUUCUUCAUCGUCUGGUGUUUGGGGUUUGGGGUAUUCUAGAUCUUCGUUGUAAGUAUGGUCUUUGUUUCUGGGUUUUGUUUUAAACUGUGUGGAAGUUGAGAGAUGAAUGGAUUCGAUGUCUUUGUUUGUGUCUUGAAAAAGCAGUUGAAUAAGAUUUCAAUGUUUCACCGAACGAUACGGUCUUGUACAUCUCUGCGGUUGAAUUCAGCUACAAAAAAAAAACGGCUUUGACGGUUCUAAAUA